GUUACAGUUUUAUCUUAGUGUAUUUGUUACUUUGUUUCGGGAACUGGGAGAUUAGCAUAAGCAUAAACACUAUAAAACCCACUGCAGCAACCUUCUAUCAGCACACUGAAAGGAAGAGAAAGAGAAAACUUCUGUCCAAAUCCAAAUACUCUCUGCUCAAAUUUUUGGUUUGUCGAAGAUGUCGUCACUCUCCGAUCUUGUUAACCUUAAUCUCUCCGACUCCACUGAGAAAGUCAUCGCCGAGUACAUAUGGGUUGGUGGAUCUGGCAUGGACAUGAGGAGCAAAGCAAGGACUCUCUCUGAACCUGUUGAAGACCCUUCGAAGCUUCCAAAGUGGAACUACGAUGGUUCCAGCACAGGUCAAGCUCCUGGACAAGAUAGUGAAGUUAUCUUAUACCCACAAACAAUUUACAGGGAUCCAUUCAGGAGGGGUAACAAUAUCCUAGUUAUGUGUGAUGCUUACACUCCCGCUGGAGAACCCAUCCCGACCAACAAGAGACAUAACGCGGCAAAGAUAUUUAGCCAUCCUGAUGUUGUUGCUGAAGAACCUUGGUAUGGCAUUGAGCAGGAAUAUACCUUGUUGCAGAAAGAUGUUCAGUGGCCUGUUGGAUGGCCUCUUGGUGGUUUUCCUGGGGCCCAGGGACCGUACUAUUGUGGUAUCGGUGCUAACAAGGCUUUCGGGCGUGACAUUGUUGACUCACAUUACAAAGCAUGUCUUUAUGCUGGUAUUAACAUAAGUGGAAUUAAUGGAGAAGUGAUGCCUGGUCAGUGGGAGUUUCAAGUUGGUCCAUCGGUAGGUAUCUCUGCUGCUGACGAGUUAUGGGUUGCACGUUACAUUUUGGAGAGGAUCACUGAAAUUGCUGGAGUGGUGCUUUCCUUUGACCCUAAACCAAUUCAGGGUGAUUGGAAUGGUGCUGGUGCUCACACGAAUUACAGUACCAAGUCCAUGAGAAACGAUGGUGGCUACGAAGUCAUCAAAAAAGCAAUCACCAAGUUGGAAAAGAGGCACAAGGAGCACAUUGCUGCUUAUGGAGAAGGCAAUGAACGUCGUUUGACAGGAAAGCACGAGACAGCGGACAUGAAUACCUUCAUAUGGGGUGUUGCAAACCGUGGUGCUUCAAUUAGGGUAGGGAGGGACACAGAGAAGAAAGGGAAGGGAUACUUCGAGGAUAGGAGGCCUGCGUCUAACAUGGACCCUUAUGUCGUCACUUCCAUGAUUGCUGAAACAACCAUUCUUUGGAAACCAUAAGCAACCUGAAAACACGACCACUCAUGGCUUCUGCUAUGCAUAGUUGCUUCAACCUUAGGAUUAUCAAUUUGUUCAUUUCUGUUCUGUGUGCGCUCUUGUUUUGUGACCAGCUUGCCUGAUGUUAGGCUUUGUUGCUUCAUUCCCUCGAUCGACGUUUUUAGUUUUGGAAUAAUAAUUCUAUGGCUUUCAAGAGUUUGUGUUA